GGCCCCAGACAAACCCUCCUGGCUGCCUAAUGCCGAGCAUUGUGUGCAGGAGGAGCUCACCAGCACCAGCGUGGAGCACCUCAUCAUUAACCCCAACGCUGCCUACGAGAAGUUCCGGGACAAGCGCCUGAGCACCGAGGGAGUGGAUUUCUCUGAUUGCAUCAGUAAGCCCAGGACAACAGGCUACAAGUCUGGGGAGUAUGAAAUUCUUGGUGAGGGUCUUGGUGCCAAAGAGACGCCCCAGCAGCGGUACCAGCGGCUGCAGCACGAGGUGCAGGAGCUGAUUAGGGAGGUGGAGCAGAUCCAGAGCACGGUGAAGGAGGCUGCAGCAGAGGAGGAGCUGACGCCCAUGGCCUUGGCCAGGCAGGUCGAGGGCCUGAAGCAGCAGCUGGUGUCCAGCCACAUGGGCCCCAAGGCAGCCAUAGACUUUGCAGACCCUGACGGCGCCUUGGCCAAGCGCCUGCUGCAGCAGCUGGAGGUGGCAAAGUGCAGCAAGGCGGCACCAGGGAAGGGUCCUGCCAAAGCCCCAGUGCCCGCUGGAGACACCGUCACCUUUGAGCUGUACUGGAGGCCAGAGCAGGACCAGUUUGCCCAGACCGCCAAGAUCGCAGAGCUGGAGAGGCGGCUGGCACAGCUGGAGUCCACAGUGCGGUGCGAGCCAGACAGCCAGAACCCGCUGUUGGUUGGGCUGAAGGGCACCAGCCUUGUGGAUACUGUGCAGGUCCUGCAGGCCAAGGUCAACAUCCUGGACAUGGCCAUGCUGGACCAAGUGGAGGCCCGGCUGCAGAGCGUCCUGGGGAAGGUAAAUGAAAUUGCCAAGCACAAAGCAACCGUGCAAGAUGCUGACACCCAGAGCAAGAUCCACCAGAUCUAUGAGACGAUGCAGCACUGGGACCCUGUGGCCAGCACCCUGCCUGAUGUUGUGCAGAGGCUGGUGACUCUCAGGGACCUGCACGAGCAAGCCACACAGUUCGGUCAGGUCCUCGUGCACUUGGACACCACGCAGCAGGAGAUAGCUGGUGCUCUCAAGGACAACACUGUGCUGCUGGCAGAGGUCCAGAAGACGAUGAAGGAAAACCUUGCUGUGGUGGAGGACAACUUUGCGGACAUCGACGCUCGCAUCAAGCGGCUGCAGUCAACGGGCGACAGAAAUGAGACUGCCCUGGAGCUGCUGGGCCCCUGCCUGAUCCCUAUCUCCUGCCUGCCCAACGUCAAGAACAGAUCCAGUGGACACUGCUGCCUGGGAACCGGGAGUGGCUGGUGCAACUG